AUGAUUCACGUUAGAGGAGCAUUAGCAAUUGGGGAAACAAGUCGCUUCCUCAUUGAAGUCAAUUCUAAUAUCGAUGGGCCAGUAUUUGUUAGGUUACGUAACCGAACGAAGGCUACGCGAAGAGCUACGUAUCUGUUAGGCCCGUUCGUAUUAUACUGCGAUUCAAGACCAGUCAUACCCGCCAAUCAGAAUGAGUACGUCCCUCAAUUUAAAGCCAACAUUGAGCCACAAGGUAAGUUUACAUUUCAGCUGAAACCUGAAGAUGCAAGAGAUGUGGGUGGUAAACGAUGCUGGAUCAUCGAUGUCGUCUCAGAAGUACUAUUUAAUCAAAUUACAAAAGUCGAUUAUGAGCUCUUAAUAAGUUUGGAUAUCAAUAACUUUAAAAAAUCCAAGUAUCAACAGGAUAUAUAUGAAUCUAUUGAGGGGGAUGUUGUUGCUAAGCAAUACUCAAAUCACGACAUUCAGGAAUUUAUUGAAGUUGGCGCCAAAAUAAAAAAAUCCCAAACAAAAGAACGGAACCAGCAUCUAGUAAUUGUGACCCACGGAAUGAUUUCAAAUGUUAGUAACGACAUGAUGUACAUUAUGGAGCAACUGCGAGCUAUUGACAGAGAUGAUCUUGAUGAGGAAUUAAUAUUGGAUGGCUAUACAGGUAACGUUUGCAGAACAGAACUUGGUAUAAAAAACCUAGGAAUACGGCUGGCAAAUUACAUUGUGAAGGAGAGAUAUAAUACCAACAUAAAAAAGAUAUCUUUUAUUGGUCACUCUCUUGGUGGCUUGGUACAGACUUUUGCUAUUGCUUACAUAUAUAUCUUACAUGGGUGGUUUUUUGAUGCAGUAAAACCUGUUAAUUUUAUUUCCCUAGCUACCCCAUUUCUAGGUCUCUACUCACAUAUUGGCAAUUAUACAAAAAGAUUAUUAUCAUCCGGUGCUCUUGGUCAAACGGGAGAAGAUCUCAGAUACCAUAGUCACAACAAGCUAAAGAACUUUUCCAUUCUUUAUCUACUAUCUGGUGAUCCAGCACAUAGUAUUUUGCAAAAAUUUGAAAGAAGAACUUUAUAUGCGAAUGCAAUCAACGAUGGUAUUGUUCCACUUGCUAGCUCAGCGUUACUAUAUUUGGAUUAUAGCAAAAUUCUAAAGGAUUCCAAAUUACUAAAGAAAGAAACAGAUGAUAUUCGGAGUAUAGUUAUGACAUGGAAAGAAUUCCAAGAUUCUGAAGAUUUCAAAGUAUACAAGAAAGUCAAUCCAAAAAGCAAGAUUUUUAGAAGAGUUUCAUUAACCAAUACAGUCGGAAAUCUAGUUUUACCAGAACCACCAAAAAACAUUACAAGUGACAUGAAAGUUCUUAUUCAUGACCAGGUAUAUCAAUACAAUGAUAUACCUGAUUCCGAGUAUUUCCCCCCAGAUGGAAUAGAUGAAAUCAUGGCAAUGGACAGACAUCAAUUACAGGAAUGUAUGGCUCGUAGAUGGCAUGCCGGAAAAUCGUGGCGCAAAGUCAUUGUGUGCUUAGAAGGCGAUGCUCAUAACAGUAUUAAUGUACGCAGACGUUAUUCAAAUUCUUGUGGAUGGGCUGUCAUAUCACAUAUGAUCUUAAACCAUUUCAUUAAGCCUCAGAAAUGUGAUGUUCCUGAAGCGGAUAUUGUAUCUCAGCCGGCUUCUAGAGACGAGGCAGAUAUGGAGCCAAACAAAACGUAUGCCUGGCUAUUGAAAGAAGACAAAGAGAAAGGAGGUCUUAUUAGAAGAGCAACCAAUGCGUUGAAUCCAAUAGCUAGAAGGCUAUAG